UUUGGCUUCCUCCCUUUUCCAGAGGGGCCUCCUCCCGCCGGGCUGCGGUCCUGAGUGCGCACGCGCGGACGCCAAGCCUCUUCCGGGCAAAAUGGCGAUGGGGUUAAUGUGCGGACGCCGUGAGCUUCUGCGUCUGCUACGACCCCAGCGCCAGUUCCACAGCGUCGCAGGGCCCUCGCAAUGGCCCCGGAAACUGCUGACCCCCGGGCUCCUGUUCCCAGCCGGCCGGGGCUUGGGGCGCCCGCGCUACGUGCUCAUCGCGGCCGCCGGCCCCCGCUGGCUCAGUGUCUCUGCCGUCUCGUUUGCAGAAGCCCAGGUUCCGCCUGCUCCUGUUGUCCCUGCACCUCCUUCAGCCUCAGUGGUACCUGAGGUGCCCUCCGAGACGGCGGAUGUAAUCCAGGCUGCUGCAGAACAGAGCUUCACUGAGCUGGGCCUGGGCUCGUACACCCCAGUGGGACUGAUUCAGAAUUUACUGGAAUUUAUGCACGUUGACCUGGAGCUACCGUGGUGGGGGGCCAUUGCUGCAUGUACAGUGCUUGCCCGCUGCCUGAUUUUUCCUCUCAUCGUGAAAGGCCAGCGGGAGGCAGCCAAGAUCCACAACCAUGUGCCUGAGAUCCAGAAGUUUUCUGCUCGAAUCCGAGAGGCCAGGUUGACAGGAGACCACGCCGAGUUGUACAGGGCCUCGUCAGAGAUGACACUUUACCAGAAAAAGCAUGAUAUUAAACUCCUCAGACCUCUCAUUCUACCUCUGACUCAGGCUCCGAUCUUCAUCUCCUUCUUCAUCGCCUUGAGAGAGAUGGCCAACCUUCCUGUGCCCAGCCUGCAGACAGGCGGCCUCUGGUGGUUCCAGAAUCUCACCGUGUCUGAUCCCACCUACAUCCUGCCGAUGGUGGUCACUGCCACGAUGUGGGGUGUGCUGGAGCUAGGUGCUGAGACGGGCAUGCAAAGUUCUGACCUUCAGUGGAUGCGAAAUGUUCUCCGAGUGAUGCCCCUGGCAGUGUUGCCCAUAACCAUCCACUUUCCCUCCGCAGUGUUUGUGUACUGGCUCUCCUCCAACCUGUUUUCCCUGGGCCAGGUGGCCUGCCUCCGGAUCCCUGCCGUACGCACUGUACUUAAAAUCCCCCAGCGUGUUGUGCAUGACCCUGACAAAUUACCUCCACGAGAGGGCUUCAUAAAGAGCUUCAAGAAAGGCUGGAAGAAUGCUGAGAUGGCACAUCAGCUUCGAGAGCGGGAACGACGCAUGCAGAAUCACUUGGAGCUUGCGGCCAGGGGUCCCCUAAGGCAAACCUUUACCCACAACCCUCUGCUACAGCCUGCAAAGAACCACCCUUCCAACACCCCCAGCAGCAGCAGCAGCAGCAGCAGCAGCAGCAGCAAACCAAAGUCAAAACCGUGGAGUGACACGCUUGGCUGAACUGCGCUGCCUCCUCAUUCUGGCAGGAACUGUGUAUCUUCAAAGACUCAUCCUCAAAACGAGGGUUAAUGCCAUGUCCUUGUCCCAGACCUAGCAGCCGUGGGACAUGGAGAUGUUCACUUUUACGUCCAUUUUUAAAGUGGCUUCCACUACAGACUUUAAUGCCUGCAUGUAAGAGUGCACUGGGGAGCCAAAUGCUCUUCCCAUCCACAGGGUUAGUAAACCUCUGUACUACA